AUGGCUGAUUGGAACCGGACAUGGCAAACACACAAUCCAGACCUGACACCAUGUUUCCAGAACACAGUGCUGGUUUGGAUACCCUGCCUCUACCUCUGGCUGUUUGCACCGUUCUACAUCCUAUACCUCAAAAGGAAUGACUGUGGAUACAUAUGCAUGACCCACCUCAACAGAGCCAAAACAGUUAUUGGGUUUACCCUAUGGCUUAUCUGCUGGGCAGAUGUUUUCUACUCUUUCUGGGAAAGAAGCCAUGGUGCUGCAAUAGCCCCAGUUUACCUAGUCAGCCCCACAAUGCUUGGCGUUACAAUGUUGCUGGCUACGUUCUUGAUCCAGUAUGAGCGGAUGAAGGGGGUCCAGUCCUCAGGGGUGAUGCUCAAUUUUUGGCUGAUCGCCAUAGUGUGCGCUACAGUCACCUUUCGCUCCAAAAUCCUGCAUGCACUGAAUGAGCCUGCCAGUGUGAAUGUGUUCAAAUAUACCACCUUCUACAUAUAUUACACCAUGCUGCUCAUCUCCCUGAUCCUGGCCUGCUUGUCCGACCAGCCUCCACUCUUUUCACAGGCUGUCAAAGACUCGAAUCCAUGUCCAGAGUCGGGAGCUUCAUUCCUGUCCAGAAUCACUUUCUGGUGGAUCACAGGAUUGAUGGUGACUGGUUAUAAAAGGCCUCUGGAAGAGAAGGAUCUGUGGUCGCUCAACACGGAGGAUAAGUCUCAAAGAGUGGUGCCACAGCUGGUGCGCCGCUGGGACCAGGAAUGCAACAAGGUCAAAAGGCCCGUAGAUAAGACACUCUACUCCCCAAAAAGAGCAGCAAAGGGAGAAAAGAAGGAUGGACAACCAAUAGAAGAGUCUGAGAUUUUGCUUGCAAAAACCCUUCAGAAAACUGGCGAGCCAUCCCUUUUCUGCGCGCUCUGCCGAACCUUUGGACCAUACUUUCUCGUCAGCUCUCUGUAUAAGAUUAUUCAUGACAUCCUGAUGUUUGUUGGGCCAGAGAUUCUCAGGCUACUGAUCCAGUUUGUGAAUGAUUCAAGUGCCCCCACUUGGCAUGGCUACUUCUACACCACCCUGCUGUUCGUUUGUACCUGCGUGCAAACCCUCAUUCUGCAGAAAUAUUUCCACGUUUGCUUUGUGACAGGCAUGAGGUUACGUACGGCCAUUGUUGGUGCCGUGUACAGGAAAGCCUUGGUCAUUACCAAUGCUGCCCGACGAACAUCCACUGUCGGAGAGAUUGUGAAUCUGAUGUCUGUAGAUGCUCAGCGUUUUAUGGACCUCAUCACCUAUAUCAACAUGAUUUGGUCAGCACCUUUGCAGGUUAUCCUGGCCCUUUACUUCCUGUGGCAGAAUCUGGGUCCUUCUGUGCUUGCUGGAGUUGCUGUGAUGGUGCUGAUGGUUCCUGUAAAUGCAGUCAUUGCCAUGAAAACUAAAACCUACCAGGUUGCCCAAAUGAAAAGCAAGGACAAUAGGAUCAAGCUUAUGAAUGAGGUACUGAAUGGCAUUAAAGUCCUUAAACUCUACGCAUGGGAACUGGCAUUCAAAGACAAAGUUUCUGCCAUCCGAGAGAGUGAAUUGCGUGUGCUGAAGAAGACUGCUUACCUUGGUGCUGUGUCCACCUUUACUUGGGUCUGCGCACCAUUUUUGGUUGCCCUUUCCACAUUCGCAGUAUAUGUGUUAAUGGAUGAACAUAAUAUUUUGGAUGCACAGAAGGCAUUCGUUUCCCUGGCCUUGUUCAACAUCCUGCGCUUCCCUCUUAAUAUGUUGCCCAUGGUCAUUAGCAGCAUGGUGCAGGCCAGUGUGUCUAUGAAGCGUCUGCGUGUAUUUCUGUCCCAUGAGGAGUUGGAUGAAGACAAUGUGGAGCGGCCAGCCAUCACUGCAUCUCCUGACAGCAUCAGGAUUGUGGACGGAGCUUUUAGCUGGUCUAAAGACGACUCCCCUACUUUGAAGAGAGUACAAGGGAUGGGAAUUGUACGAAAUUUCACGAUUCUGAUGAACGAUUCCAUGGUCAUUAGCAGCAUGGUGCAGGCCAGUGUGUCUAUGAAGCGUCUGCGUGUAUUUCUGUCCCAUGAGGAGUUGGAUGAAGACAAUGUGGAGCGGCCAGCCAUCACUGCAUCUCCUGACAGCAUCAGGAUUGUGGACGGAGCUUUUAGCUGGUCUAAAGACGACUCCCCUACUUUGAAGAGGAUUAAUGUGCGUAUCCCUGAGGGGGCGCUUGUUGCUGUGGUAGGGCACGUGGGUUCAGGGAAAUCCUCUCUGCUUUCAGCUUUGCUGGGAGAGAUGCAGAAGCAAGAAGGAUCUGUCUCGAUUAAGGGCUCUGUGGCUUACGUGCCUCAGCAGGCCUGGAUCCAAAACACCACUCUCAAAGACAACAUUUUGUUUGGACGGGACGCAAAAGACAGCUGGUACCAGAAGGUGGUAGAGGCUUGUGCUCUCCUACCAGACCUGGAGAUCCUACCUGGAGGAGACUUGACAGAGAUUGGGGAGAAGGGCGUGAAUCUGUCUGGAGGUCAGAAACAGCGGGUGAGUGUGGCCAGGGCUAUCUACUGCAACUGUGCAGUGUAUCUGCUGGAUGACCCACUCUCCGCUGUGGAUGCUCAUGUGGGAAAACACAUCUUUGAGAAGGUCAUCGGACCUCAGGGGUUGCUACAGGGCAGAACUCGGGUUCUGGUGACCCACGGGCUGAGCUUCCUGCCCCAGGCUGACCUGAUCUUGGUGAUGGUGGAUGGGGAAAUCACAGAGAUGGGCUCUUACACUGAGCUGCUGGGCAGACAGGGUGCUUUCGCUGAGUUCCUGCGUACCUACACCAACACAGAGCAGGAGGAGUCAGUGGGAGAGGAGGGAGGGGAGGCAGAGGACGAAAAAGGGAAAUCUGAAGUAGCCUGCUCUAUCUCUGUGUCCUGUAGGCAGAGUCAGAUCUCUCUUAAUGCAGCGGGCACAAGUAAAACCCCAGAGAAAACUGAACCCAAUGAUGUUGCGGCCGCAAAGAAGGCCAAAUCCACAGAAGCUGCCCGACUGACUGAGGCUGACAAGGCCAACACUGGCAGGGUGAAGCUGUCUGUGUUUUGGGAGUACAUGAAGGCUAUCGGCUUGCCCCUGUCCAUCUUCAGUAUCUUUCUGUUCUUCUGUCAUCAUCUGUCCUCUCUGGGCUCAAACUACUGGCUCAGUCUCUGGACAGAUGACCCUGUUAUCAAUAACACACAGCCCAACAGUGAGAUGCGUUUAGGGGUGUAUGGAGCCCUCGGACUCACACAAGGCAUUGCAGUGUUCUGCUAUUCUGUAGCGGUGUCUGUUGGUGGGAUCUUAGCCUCCCGCUACCUGCACCAGACGAUGCUCUACAAUGUCCUGAGAUCGCCCAUGUCUUUCUUCGAACGCACACCCAGUGGCAACCUGGUCAACCGCUUUGCCAAAGAGACGGACACCAUUGACUCGGUCAUCCCUAGCAUCAUAAAAAUGUUCAUGGGCUCCAUGUUUAAUGUGCUGGGUUCAUGUGCUGUCAUCCUCAUCGCCACACCGCUGGUGGCUAUCAUCAUCCCUCCGCUGGGCCUGCUUUACUUCUUUGUACAGCGUUUCUACGUGGCGUCCUCUCGGCAACUGAAACGACUGGAGUCUGUGAGCCGCUCUCCUGUCUACACACACUUCAACGAGACGCUGCUGGGCACCAGUGUGAUCAGAGCAUUUGGAGAGCAGCAACGCUUCAUCAGAGAGAGUGACGGAAGAGUGGACCUCAACCAAAAAGCUUAUUUCCCCAGCAUUGUAGCCAACCGAUGGCUGGCAGUGAGGUUAGAGUUUGUGGGCAACUGUAUUGUGGCAUUUGCAGCGCUUUUUGCAGUGAUGGCCAGGGACAGUCUGAGUCCAGGUAUCAUGGGACUGUCCAUCUCUUAUGCGCUGCAGGUCACAACAUCUUUGAACUGGCUGGUGCGGAUGUCCUCUGAGGUGGAGACUAACAUAGUGGCAGUGGAGAGGGUAAAGGAAUAUGGAGACACAGAAAAAGAGGCUGAAUGGAGGUUGGAGCACUCAACUCUGCCUGCUGGCUGGCCGACCACUGGUCAUAUUGAAAUCCGCAACUUUGGCUUGAGAUACAGAGAGGACUUAGAGCUGGCUAUUUCUGAUAUCUCGGUCAACAUUGAGGGAGGAGAAAAGGUGGGAAUUGUGGGUAGGACAGGAGCAGGAAAGUCCUCAUUGACAUUAGGGCUCUUCCGCAUCAUCGAGGCAGCUCAGGGGGAGAUUUGUGUAGAUGGAGUCAACAUCGCUGAGCUGGGCCUGCAUGAGCUACGGUCCAGAAUCACAAUCAUUCCUCAGGAUCCAGUGCUGUUCUCUGGUUCCUUGCGUAUGAAUCUGGACCCCUUUGAUGGCUACACUGAUGAGGAGGUCUGGAGAGCUCUGGAACUCGCACAUCUCAAGAACUUUGUGUCUGGCCUGCCUGACAAACUCAACCAUGAGUGUUCAGAGGGAGGAGAGAAUCUCAGUUUGGGUCAGCGGCAGCUGGUUUGCCUGGCCCGAGCUCUCCUGAGGAAGACCAAGAUUCUGGUUUUGGAUGAAGCCACUGCAGCUGUAGACCUGGAGACAGACAAUUUAAUACAGUCCACUAUCAGAACUCAGUUUGAGGACUGCACUGUUCUAACCAUCGCCCACCGUCUCAACACCAUCAUGGACUACACUAGGGUGCUGGUUCUCGAUAAAGGCCAGAUGGCAGAAUUUGAUUCUCCGUCCAAUUUAACUGCCAAGAAGGGAAUUUUCUACAAGAUGGCCAAAGACUCAGGUUUGGUCUGAAAAGUAGAGGGGCUGAAGAGCCCUCUGUUCAUCCAGGACAUAUCACUGACUAGAGCCCUUGGAGAGUGGACCUUGCGAGACAUGGACUCUGAAGGUACUUCUUCUGUGGGCCUGGAGCUCACACACACACAGUGUGAACAUGACACCACUGCAUCCUCAGCUACUGUAGCCCUCUGUUUUCAAUCACAUUUGAAAGGUUUCACUGCAAAUGCUGCUUUAAAGGUUGUUUGAUGCCAACAUUUGGGAGGUUUGAAACUAGUUUGAUUUAUUCAUGGCUGUUUUUGUUGUCCGUUUUCAUUUGGAAGACUUCUCAGUUUACCACUAAGCCACACUUUGCUGCUAGUGGUUGAUUGUUAGUAAUGAAAACAAUUAUAUUUGCAACAUUUGUUUCACUAGAAAGAGUAAAGAACAAAGUUUCUCUGUGCAGUGUACCAUUGAUGCAGUGAUCAAUUGUUGAUUGACCAAACAGCUGCUGGGAAAUCCCUCCAUGAGCAGGAGGUACUUCACCCCGAGCCAAAGUUAAUAUUUGAAGCUAUUCUCAUUAUCAAAGAAGCAACACAUUUGAAAUUUCUAGUUUCAUCUCCAGAUAGCCAUUGUUUGCUCUCAUUUGAUCUUUAUUUAUAGUUUGAGAAAAUCUGUUACAAUAUUUAUUUUCUUUAUAUCAAAUUAUUUUAUCAUAUAACAUAUUUAUUACUGGGUAUCUCCCACUAAUGGCGACUUAAGCCUCAUCUUACCAAUAUCACGCAGAAGAGUCUACACUGACCUUCUGUUUUCAUUGGUAAUAUAUUUAGUUGGUGUGUUUGAUUAAUGAUCUUUGUUUACUAUUAUUUCUCAGUGAUAAUUUCACCAAAAAAUUAUGAAUGCACUUAUUGUUCUUUAUAAAAACCUCAAACUAGGGUUUAUUUUUCAGGUUUGUUGGGAGUGAUGUUUUAAAAACAAGUAGGAAUAAUCCUUUGCCACUUUAAGGUCAGAUACCUAAAUCUUAGUAGUUCUUUAAGGGCAGGUUGUCUUGGAGAUGGCGGUACCUACUGAGCUGUGUGCUGUGUGCUUCACUCUGUGCUGUAUACCAUAUAUCUGUUGAAUGUACGCUUGAAUGCGCCACGUUGUUUCAUUCAUCAGUACCUCCACUCUAGAUCAUUUAAGCCUUCUGAGUUUUUUAAAGGCCAAUCAGUUUUUUUUAAGGAACUGACAAAGACACCCUUUGAAUGAUAAAAAAUAUAUAUCUGAUUUGUUACAUAUUUAUAUGAUUUGUAUGUAAACAAAGUUAUUAUUUGAUAUUUGUAUACAUGCACUAGUUUUAAGUGUGCUUAGUUUCAUAAAUCAGGCUUAUAUGUACAGGGGAAAUAUGAAUAAAUUUUUGUAAAGAGCCUUUUGUUAGUGUUUUAACAGUGUUGUACUUCUGAAAUCAGUCUUUCAAAAUGUUUUGUCACAGUGAGAAGGAAAACGAUUUCUGAUCACUACUACCAACAUUUAUUUUACUGAAGCUGUCC